UAUUUUUAAAAUAUUAUCGUUGUUACUGUUAUUGUAAUGUUCUGACCCAAAUAUUUGGAAAUGUUCUAAGGCAAGUAUUUGCUGUUGGUAAAGGGUGGACUAUUAGAAGCAGCCAGUGUAUAACAGCCACAGUAACUCCAACCCAAACUAAUGCUCAAUGUGUGUCUCAAUAGAGAUAUUUAGAAUGGAAGAGCUUACUUCAAUCUGAGUUAAAAGAGAAGUUUCCUUCUUCUGUAUUAGUUGUGUCUUUUAUCGUCUGAGACAUUACAGUUUGACCUAAAGAAAGGAAGAUAAAAACACUGAUUAAUCUUCCUGUCAUCAAGUGGUUGUUCCUGCUAACAAAGAAGAGGACAUUGUGUUCUCCUGCAAUAUAUUCUCUCCUUUAUAACCUUCAUAGGAAACCAGCCAUAUACAAAAAUCAGAAACUGUAUGAUUUACUCAUAUCCCUUCAGUGUUUAUAUUUCUCAAAGGGAAGACAGAGGAUGGUAACUGAGAAUAUUGGAUGAUAGAACACCUUGGUUAACGGUCUUUGGGAUUGCACUCUUUGUGGUUAUCACCAAAUUGCCAAAAGCAGUAUGUAAUCUUGACUGGAAAAACAAGUGUGUUGUUUUCUGAGAUGAAACAAUUUCCAGCACCCUGGAGGCUGAAAAAGUUAACAUCUCAUUGCAAUGAUACAAAUAUUUCUCAAUUGCCCCAAGUGUACUAAGCUAGUGAGCAUUUAUUAAGACUAAUAACUUCCUCAACUGACUUAGAACAUUAAUAGUACUAAUAAAGUUGGAUCUUACUUUAUUACAGUAUAUUGCCUUUGAAUUCAUAUACAAACCCACUAAAUUUAACUAUUAAGCUAGUUUAGUGGUUAAACUAUUCUGAACUAAUACUCAAUGGAUAAAAAUAAGUGCUGUUACUAAACGAAAUUGUAAAUACAAAUGCAUCGUUCCCAGUAUUCCUCACAUCUACAAGUCAUCAGUAGAAAUAAUGUUCAUUUUCUGAUAUAUUAAUUUUUUAGAAUCAUCAGAAUUUCUUUGAUAGGUUAACUUGCAAAUUAAACAGGUUUCACUUUGACUAGUAUUACUUUUUAUCUUGUAUCUCCAACUGGAUGUCUACAGAUUCAAAUCAGACAUAGAAGAGGGCUUAAACUAUGAUGACCACAUUAACUACAUACGUUAAAUAGCUUUAUCCAAAUGUUCCUUCCUGCAUAAGCAUUUUAUACAUUAUAAGAAUAUGGCUUUUAAAAAUGUUACCUACUACUUGGUUUAAAUAUGUCAUUUUACAAGAGCGAACAGAAGAAUUUGUGAAUGCAUUUUCCAAAUUGUAGAGAUUUUUAGCAAGGACGCAAGAGUUUGUUUUUCAGAGACCCCAAAUGGUGCAAACAGACUAUAUAGGAUCAAUAACAAUGCCUUGCCUAUGAUUAUCUGUGCUGGAACUCUUUUUAGUAAUUAAUUUUCCAUGCCUGUUUAGCCUAAAGCUUCUCAGGGGAGGAGACUGCUAGCUGUACCCAUGUAAAGAUAGUGGCUAUCAUGGUUAUCAUUUAAGAAUUAAUAGUUUGUGACAUGCAGAAAUGAAAUAAAUAGGGCUGCAUAGUUCUUCAGUGUUGAACUGGGUUUAGUUCCCAGAAUGACAAAGGUAGGCUGACUUCUUAGAAACUAUACAGGAUGGAUCCAUUAAGUUUUCCUUUAUUGAUAGAUCAGAAUUUAUUUUCUCUCCACAUUUGACCGCUCAUACAGGCAGUGGCUGAAGGCUUUUACAGGGUAGACACUAAAUCCAUAUUUAGUCCUCAGCUUCACUUCCAAAAAGCUGGUUUAAAAGCCAUGUGGUAAUAUUGAUGUUAAACUGUCCUCAUGUUGCUGCUAUUCCCUUUCCCUGUUUAAAUAUUUUACUGAGUAUUGCUUCUCUUUAUCUUCGGGAGAGGUGGAAGGCAAAGUGUCAGUAAAGACUGUAAGAUGCACCCUCAUACAUUUAAGUAGUUUUCUGAAUCAGAAUCUACUGAACAACUCAGGACAGCACCAAUAUUCACAGCAGUGCUGCAUCAAACCCUGCAACACUGAACUCUUACUCUGUCAGUCCUGGCUCAAGUAGCUCUCCUGCUACUCUUACACAAAGCAGGGUGCUGGCAAGUUACCCAUUUGCUGAUGCUUCCAAACUGUUCUGCUCGAUGACAGAAAGCAGAUUAAGAUAUGGGGAAAGAACAGCACAGGGUUCAAAAAGCCUUGGUCAUCCAUAGCUGCCAGGAGGUGGUACUCUUUCAAGUAGAGCAGCUGGGGAAUCUGUCUUACAGUGGAAAAACCAAACAAUCUCAAGUUUUCAGCUCCUUUUGCAGAUACAGUGUUAGGCUGCACCUCCUUUCUGCUGCUCUUAACUCUCAGAAGGAAGGGAAGAGUGCAAUUAGUUUUACCAUAUUUUUCUUGCCUUUAAACAGCUUUAUCUCAUCCUUCCAGGUUUUUGACAGGCAGUUGGGCAGCAGCUUUCUCUUUAAGCUCAUUUCUUUUGUAUGUAUCCUAAGUGUUACAACACUCUACAAUUAUUCUUCUUAUGAGAUAAAUGUUAAUCAUUUAUUACAUUAGAGAGAAGUUCUGCUUUAAGGAAGGUAAUCAUAAUACCAGAGAACACUGUAGUAACGCUGAACAUGUCUAUUUUGUUAGACCACUGUGUCUUGGGAUGGAGAUAAACUUCUUUGUGUACAGAAUGGAGAAAAAGAAGGUCGUGGUUGGACCCAGUGGAUUGAAGGAGAUGAAAUGCACCUGUUGGUUUUCAGCUCUUGCCACCAUGCCUGCUGAUUACAAUGGGACGUGGGAAAUGGAAAGCAAUGAAAACUUUGAAGGCUACAUGGUUGCUUUAGGUAUUGAUUUUGCAACUCGUAAGAUUGCAAAACAUUUGAAACAAACAAAGGAGAUUGUUCAGGAUGGUGAUAACUUCAAAACAAAAACACUCAGUACUUUCAGAAACUAUGAACUGAAUUACACUGUAGGAGUGGAGUUCGAAGAGCACACCAAAGGCCUGGAUAAUCGAGUGGUAAAGACGCUAGUGACCUGGGAUGGUGACAAACUGGUGUGUGUUCAGAAAGGUGAAAAGAAAAACAGGGGAUGGAAGCACUGGAUUGAAGGAGACCUACUGCAUCUGGAACUGACAUGUGAAGACCAAGUGUGCCAUCAGGUAUAUAAGAAGAAAAACUGAUCAGAAAGCUGCACCAUUAUGCUGUUAUGUUUUGUCUAAAGAGAAGAACCAAGCCAGAUUUGCAAUAAUUAUUCAACACCACCUUGCGAAUGUAUUUUAUGCCUGUUUAUGGAAACAAACACAUUUUAUAGAAAUAACAUCAAAGAGUUACAAACAUCAUAAAUUCCUUUGUAUUUCAGUCUGGAGUUAAAUAAAAGUAAUUGUCUUUCAAA